CCCACUCCCGAACCCGCGUUAGCAGAGUUCGAGGGUCUAGCAUGGGACACAAUCCAGAAAAACCCGCACCUGUUUCGGGUGCAGACUCCCGUCAAUGUAGACCGCCUGGAAACGAUGUUGCAUGCUCACCCUAACCAACCCUUCGUGAAGUCAAUACUAAUUGGGCUAAAGGAAGGUUUCUGGCCUUGGGCAACAACUCGUCUUCGAGACGAGUUUCCAAUAACAUGGGACAACUCGUUUCGACUUUGA